AUCAGUAGAGGCACGAGUUCGCGCUGCUCUCGCUGAAGUGUGAUCAGUUUCAGCGGCGUAGUGGGACUCAGCGAGACCUGAUGCACAAGUCAAGGCGACGCACAGCGGAGAUGAAGCCGGAUUGGCUCUGAUUUUUAAAAGCCCUUUCAUUCAAGAGGCUGUCCAUUUAUCAACAGUCGGUUCCAGUAGCCCCUCAAAAAAUGGCGUCACUUAGCCGGGUCCGAGCCUUUACUUUGAUGUUCUUUACUGCAAGCAGUUAUUUAAUUACUCCCACAAGUGGCAAGGAAGGAGGGGGAGAGGAGACUGUCAUCAUCGGGCUGAGACUGGAGGACACGGACGACAUUUCCUUCAUGGACAGGGGCUAUUUGCGGGUCAGUGAGAGGUCUCGGGUGAGAUUGAGGGUGUACGGGCAAAACAUUAACAACGAGACGUGGUCCAAAAUCGCCUUUACGGAACACGAGAGGAGUCGAGUGAUUGGCAACAUCGACAGCUCCUCAGGAGACAACAAGAGUCAGGAGGACACGUCGGGCUUGCACCCCUGUGGCAUCAGGACUUCAGAUAUUCUGAUCUUACCCAACAUCAUUUUAACCCGCAAGACGUCUGGCAUCGUGGAAAUCGAGGUCAAACCUUUACGAAAGACUGAGAGGAGCAAAGCGUACUACCUGUGCAUCGCCACUUCCACACCUGCUGUGGCUGGCAUGCACGACCCGUGGACGGAGACCACGUGGAUCUAUCACGAUGGAGAGGACACCAAAGUGAUCGUGGUGGAGGAGAGAAAGUUUCUGCUCCCUUUCUGGCUUCAGGUCACCUUUAUUUCCAUGUUGCUCUGCCUCUCGGGCAUGUUCAGCGGCUUGAACUUGGGUCUGAUGGCGCUGGAUCCCAUGGAGCUCCAGAUCGUCCAGAACUGCGGGACGGAGAAGGAGAAGAACUACGCCAGGAAGAUCGAACCUGUCAGGAGUCAAGGAAACUACCUGCUUUGCUCGCUUCUUCUGGGGAAUGUUCUGGUCAACACGACCUUGACCAUUUUGUUGGAUGAUAUCGCCGGUUCUGGAUUGAUAGCUGUAGUGAUGUCAACCAUUGGCAUUGUGAUAUUUGGGGAGAUUGUGCCUCAAGCUAUAUGUUCACGACACGGUCUCGCUGUGGGUGCGAAUACAAUCUUCUUGACUAAAUUCUUCAUGCUGCUCACUUUCCCUGCGUCCUAUCCGGUAAGUAAACUGCUUGAUUAUCUCCUCGGACAGGAGAUUGGCACAGUGUACAACCGAGAGAAGCUCUUGGAGAUGUUGAGGGUCACGGAUCCCUAUAAUGACUUGGUGAAAGAGGAGUUAAACAUCAUCCAGGGCGCGCUGGAGCUCAGGACUAAGACAGUGGAAGAUGUGAUGACCCCGUUGCGCGAUUGCUUCAUGAUCGCUGGCGACGCCACGCUCGACUUCAACUCCAUGAGUGAGAUCAUGGAGAGCGGCUACACGCGCAUUCCGGUAUUCGAGGGCGACAGGUCCAACAUCGUGGACUUGCUGUUCGUGAAGGACCUUGCGUUUGUGGAUCCCGACGACUGCACCCCGCUGAAGACGAUAACGAAGUUCUACAGCCAUCCCUUACAUUUCGUCUUCAACGACACUAAACUCGACGCUAUGCUGGAGGAGUUCAAGAAAGGUAAAUCUCACCUGGCAAUAGUCCAGCGGGUUAACAACGAAGGAGAAGGCGACCCCUUCUACGAAGUUCUUGGCAUUAUCACCCUGGAGGAUGUCAUUGAAGAAAUCAUCAAGUCUGAAAUCUUGGAUGAGACAGACUUAUAUACCGACAACAAAACAAAAAAGAAAAUCGCCCAUCGAGAGCGGAAGCAGGAUUUCUCGGCUUUCAAGCACAUGGACAAUGAAAUGAAGGUUAAAAUAUCACCUCAGCUUCUACUGGCUACUCUGCGUUUCCUAGCAACAGAAGUUGAGUUAUUCAGUCCCAUCCAGAUGUCUGAGAAGAUCCUUCUGCGUCUCCUCAAGCACCCCAACGUCAUCCAGGAGGUCAAAUAUAAUGAGAAGAAUAAGAAGGCCAUCGAGCAUUACCUUUUCCACCGCAACAAGCCCGUGGACUAUUUCAUCCUCAUUCUGCAGGGGAAGGUGGAAGUGGAGGCAGGGAAGGAGGGAAUGAAGUUUGAAGCUGGAGCUUUCUCCUCGUAUGGGAUUAUGGCUCUCACCGCUUCUCCAGUUUCUCGUACCUUUGUGGUCAGUAGGGCUGAGUCUGUUGCUGGAUCUCCAGAAAACAAAUCCCCUCCUCGGCCAUUUGGACUGAACCAUUCUGACUCGUUAAAUCGUAGCGAGCGGAUUGAAUCCAUCACACCGUCACUGGGCAGCAGUAACAACCAGCUCAAUGCCUUCCUGCAGAUCUAUGUGCCAGACUAUUCUGUCAGAGCUGUGGCAGACGUACAGUACAUUAAGGUAACACGCCAGCAGUAUCAGAACGCCGUCAUGGCAUCACGUAUUGACAAGACGCCACAGUCCUCAGAGAGCGAGUACACCAAAAUCGAAAUGACUUUGACAGAGCUCCACGACGGAGUGACCGAUGAAACCACCGCUCUGUUCAACCAGACACAGAACUGCGUCGCCCACAUCAAGUCGAACCACACAGGACACAGUGAGGGGGCCAUCUAGAGCUGCCUCACCACCCCAAACAACUCUAAUCUGGUAGUGCAGUACUACUGGGGCCAGAGCUUGGGUUGACCCAAGGCAAAAUGGGAUAGUCCAGUGACAUGCUUCGGUCCUGUUAAGAUUUCAGAUAAACCACAGUGUUUAUGUCCCCCCAGCCAAAGAGUUUGGAGGAUGGACAGUCUUGUGCUCGGACGAGCCCCUCCAGCUACACUCAAACUGCCCUGUCAUGUUCACAAACACAGGAUAAAUACUCCAGGCAGAUUCUGUAAUAGGGUAAAUCAAAGACUGCUCCAAAUACUGCUUUGAAGGAAACCGUGAACCAAGAGCAUUCUACUCACAUAUUUAUUUAUUUUGUAUGCAUUUGUACAUAUGUGCAUGUCUGAGGAUAUAAUUGUCGGCACAUGCAAACACCUGUCUGUACGUUGUGCAUGUGUGCCUCUAUGAGUGUCACUGAUAUCAUGCACAUGCUAUAUAUACGUAGUUUCAAAAACAUAAUUGUAUAUGUACUGGUGAGGGUCUUUUACAUGUAUAUUUCAGAAAUGGUCAUUUUUACU